GCACUCGUUUCUCUCGUAAAUGGCCUUACGUUAAAUGAUAAAAAUAUGUGCGAAAAACUUCCUUAUGAAAUUUUACGUCAUGUUUUCAAGAUCAUAUACGAGGAUGGGCUAAAUGAUCGAGCAGAAAUGUUAGAGGAUCUUUAUACUUGUAUUCAAGUUAAUAAACGCUGGUGUGAGACUGCUAUGCCAAUUCUUUGGUCAAAUAUCAUCCCGUCAGCAAGUGUCAUCAACGUAUAUAUGUCCUUCUUUACUCCCGAUGAACGAAAUGAAUUAAUAUCUAAAGGAAUUCCAUUUCAAAAAAUUUACACAAAAUCAACUUUAACUUUUUGUUAUCCAUCAUUUCUUCGAGUUCUUAAUUUACAUGAAUUUUCUUCAGCAAUAUUUCAUUGGUGUAUUCAAGAAUGUCGUCAACCAAUUUCUAUUCAAUAUAAUAGCUUGUUGCGUGGGUUACUUGUAAUUCUUGCAAGACAUUGUAAAACUUUACAACAGCUUCACUUGGAUCGUCGUUCAUUAUUAGAUAAUAUACAUCAUGAAUUAUGGCUUUUGCUACAUGAACUGACCACAAGAAAUUUGAUUUCUUCGGUUAGAAAACUUUGCCUUGAUAUCAGAAAAAUUAUUAACGAGGAUUGCUUAAAAUUAUUAUGUGAAUCUUGUCGACAUUUACGAAUCCUUAAGGUUGAUAUGACGUUGGUGGAACCUUUUUGGAGUUGGGAUUCACGAAUUGCACAAUUAAUAUCCUCUCAAAAAUGUCUGAGAUCUUUCAUAAUGAAACGGGGCAAAUGUACAGAUGCGUUAGUUUCUGCCCUAGAAUUACAUACAGAUUCUCUACGACUUAUCCAUUUUCGUAGGGUUGAUUUUUCAAAAUGUACAUCAAUUGGUACCUUUAAAUCAAAUUGUAAAAACUUAGAAGUAUUAAUAAUUCACGGAUGCAAGCAUUUAUCAGGGAAUGUACGAGAAGAAUUGAUUCAUGCAUCAUUUCCCAAGUUGGUUGAGCUUGAUGUUAACGGAACUGAUUGUGAUGGAGCAAUAGUUUCAUGGAAUAAUUGUGUUGGUAGACGUAAUGAAAACCAAGAACUAAAAUUCUACUGA